CAAGCAGGCAGCCCAAGCAACCCCGCCGCAAUCGCUGCAGAGGGGCUUAGCUAUCACUUGGCUGUUUCGCGGCAACUCUUGAGAACCCAUUCUUGCAAAGCAUUGAGCUUUCCACGACGCCUACGUCUUAGGAAGCGCAAAACCAAAGACUGCUCUCACAAUGGUGCCAGUGCUGGUGCGAAGUGCGCGACGCGCUGUCGCCGCGAGACGUCUUCUCUCGUCGCCGCCGAAGAUGGUCUCGCGCUUCGUGUUAUUCUACGACUACACUCCGUCUCGCGCUGCGUAGAAAUUGCAACGCGCUACACGCCAUCGACGCGAUGUUGGCCCCGUGAUUGCGUCUGCUCGAUGGCGUGGGAGUCACUGGUUGAUAUCCGCACAGGGACGUGCUCGAGAAGCGCGACCCGUACAGAGCGGGCCACCUCGGUCUCAUCAAGGAGUUUGCGGCCGAGGGCCGCGUCCUGUCCGCGGGUGCGUUCACUGAUCCCGUCGACGGCGCCAUGUUUGUUUUCACCGACCGCGAGGCCGCGGACGAGUUCAAAGCGAAAGACCCGUACGGCCCGCACGUCGUCGCCGGCUCGCACGUGCGCGAGUGGACGACGGUCGACUUAGACUAGUGUGUAGUAAAAUCAAUUAAGAUUGAAACUUGCCGGAACUACGGGGUGCGAACGAAAAGAUGGGGUCGAUGAAUUGGAAGUGGUGG